GGGAGGAAGCUAAUUACUUGAAUAGCUAUUUAUCAGCUUUGUAGUUAGCUACCAAAUCACAAAAAAAAAUUAAAAGAAAGCAGAGGAAAUUGAGAAUGGGAAAGGGCAUAUCAUUGUUAUGGCCGUCGAUGGAAAUGGGAAUUGCAGUGGGAGUGAGCUUGCUGCUGGCGGUGAGUGUGGCCAGCAAAUGCUUUGAUGGAGAGAGAGAAGUGCUCCUCAAGUUCAAGCACAACGUUUUUGACGGAGAGGACAAGCUAAGGUCUUGGGGCAACCACAGUGAAGAUUGCUGCCGCGAUUGGGAGGGGGUUAGGUGCGAUGACGCUACUGGCCAUGUCAUCCGGAUUGAUCUGACUAUUGGGGGUCUGUCCGCGAAAGGUGGUGGGAAGUGUACGACCAGCCUUCCAUUGUUUGAGCUGCGCUAUUUGAGGUAUUUGGAUCUCAGUUAUAACGAUGAGCUGCUGUUAAACCGGAGCAUCUCAUCAUUGAUUGGGAACAACACUAUGCUCUCCCUUCAACAUCUAAAUCUUGCAUGGACCGGAAUUGUGGGCAACAUUCCUGAAACUUUUGGAAACAACAUGCCUGCCCUCACAUACCUUGAUCUGUCCGAUAAUAAGUUAGAAGGUUCCAUUCCUAAAACUUUUGGAAACAGCAUGCCUGCCCUUACAUACCUUGAUCUCUCCCAUAAUAAGUUAGAAGGUUCCAUUCCUGAAACAUUUGGAAACAACAUGCCUGCCCUUACAUACCUUGUUCUGUCCGAUAAUAAGUUACAAGGUUCCAUUCCUAAAACUUUUGGAAACAGCAUGCCUGCCCUUACAUACCUUGAUCUCUUCUAUAAUAAGUUAGAAGGUUCCAUUCCUGAAACAUUUGGAAACAACAUGUCUGCCCUUACAUACCUUGAUCUCUCUGCUAAUGCGUUUGAAGGAGAAAUACCUAAAUUCAUUUGGAACAUAUGCACUUUGAAGGUCUUGAGCUUGGCUUCCAACAGUCUUGGUGGGAACCUUAUCAUAUCCACACUAUGCUCAAACCACUCUCUGCAGGAACUGUAUUUACCAAGAAACCGACUGACGGGGUCAUUUCCAGAUCUCACCAAAUUCCCCUCUUUGACCAAAUUAUUUAUUGGUUAUAACCUCCUCCGUGGGGUCAUUUCGGAACAUCACCUUGUUACACUCCCCAAGCUACGCACCCUGGACUUAUCUUCUACCAAUUUCACUUUCAAUCUCACCUCUACUUGGCUUCCUCCUUUCCAAUUGGAACGUAUAUUCCUCAGUUCAUGCAACUUGGGCCCUCGGUUCCCCAAUUGGCUCAGAACGCAAGUCAACAUUACCAUUAUUGACAUUUCCAAUAACGCCAUCUCGGAUUCAAUCCCCUCCUGGUUUUGGAAUACAACUAUUACUGGUUUUUUGCGAGUUAAUAUUUCUAAUAACGGAAUCAAGGGAAAAAUUGAAAUUGGUGCUCAUGCAUCAGUCAGCGGUGAUGUUCUUGAUAUGAGUUCCAAUCAAUUGGAAGGUGCCAUUCCAUCCUAUUUCUUAAAUGUGAAAUUACUAUUUCUUUCUCAGAAUAACUUCACCGACCUCAACUCUCUAUGUGAUAUCAAGACAUUUUCUCCUUUGCAGCUUUUGGAUGUCUCAUCCAAUCAACUUUCCGGAACACUUCCGGAUUGCUGGUCAUAUCUCUCUAGUUUGCAAGUUCUGUACCUGGGAAACAAUCACAAUCUAUCUGGGACUCUUCCAACAUCCAUUGGGUCAUUGACUUCUCUGAAGACAUUGCAUCUUGACAAUAAUAAUUUUACAGGCCCUCUACCUUCAUCCAUUAAAAAUUGCUCCAACGCUCCAACUUGGUAUCUUUAGAUCUGGGGCACAACAACUUGUUUGGAUCAGUACCAAAUUGGGUGGGUGAAAGUCUAACAAAACUUGUGAUACUUGUGCUAACAAACAACAACUUCAAUGCAAGUGUACCAACAAGUCUGUGCCAUCUCCAGUCUCUUCAGUUGUUGGACCUGUCCUUGAACCACAUCUCAGGGACUCUUCCCAAAUGUCUUUCUAAUCUCACCCAAAUGAUAACUGUAACAGGAGGUGAUAGCAAUAAUAGCAUUGCCGCCGCCAGGCCCGCCACUACUAAUCUGAUAUGGUUUCACACUGAUGUUUCAAACAAUGCAUCAACGGGAUUGUCAAUAGAUGACGUAAUAGCUGUUAGGUGGAAAGGUGUUAUCUCUGAAUUUGGAAGUACGUUACGAUAUGUAAAGAGCAUAGAUCUAUCAUCCAACAUGUUGGAGGGUGAAAUUCCAACUGAAAUCACAUCUCUUGUUGGGUUGGUCUCGUUGAACUUAUCACAAAACAAUCUAACGGGACACAUUCCUCCGAGGAUUGGUAACUUGGCACACUUAGAUACCCUUGAUUUGUCGAGUAACCAUUUGUCUGGUAACAUUCCUCAAAGCCUUGUCCUGAUUCCUCGCAUAGGCCUCCUCAACGUGUCCAACAAUAACUUAUCUGGCAAAAUUCCGAAAGGCACUCAACUUCAGAGCUUCACUGCAUCGUCCUACACGGGGAAUCCCGCGCUAUGUGGAGAUCCACUCCUCAACAGUUGUCCAGGAGAAGAAUCUACUCGUCCUACUGCUCCUCGAUUUAGUGAAGAAGGAGCUUCUAAUAGAGAAGAAGAGGACACACUUCUUGGCGGUGAGUUUUAUGCAAGCAUAGGGGUUGGAUAUGCAGUUGGAUUUUUGGGAGUUCUUGGGACAAUGCUAUUCAACCGGUCCCCUUACCCAUUUGGGUGGUGGUUUGCAGUGUAAUUUUAUGAUGAAAGUUUUUGAGCAUCUUCUUCAUUAAAUCUAGUUUAUUGAUACCAAAUUUCAGCUAAAAAUUCAACCAAUAAGGCAGUCCAAUGAUUUUCUGAAAUAUACUGCUCUGUUUAACUGCACAAUUAUCUUUAAAAAUUCAUUUGACUGCCUUCCCGAUUAAAUUUUUUACUGAAAUUUGAUGUAGGUAAAUUAGACUUAAUGAAGAAGAUUCUCAAAAAAAAAAAAUCAUCAAAAAAUUACAACGGGAACCGCCCCAAAUGGCAACGCCCUUGGAAAAUACAUAGGUAUAAUAAUAGUAAUGUUUAAAAAAUUAUGGGCCCCUAAUUUUUUCAUUUUUGGGGGGCCCUGAGGCUUGGGCCUCUCCAGCCUAACAUAAGGCACGGGCCUGCUUUGAAAGUCUUAUUUUACUUCGUAACUAAAUCAAAGUCUUAUUUUACUUAGUAACCAAAUGUGCAAAUAAUCUUGACCUAUAAUAACAAUAAAAUAUUGGGUAUGUAUGUAUUAAUGUAUAUAUGUAUGUGUGUGUUUGAGUGAUUGUGUGCGUGAAUUAUGUAAUAUUAUUAGUGUUUGAUCUAAAUUUGAACGCUCACUAAUAUGUUGAGUUAGUUAAUCUAUUUAUGGUUAUUUAGAAUUAGA